AUGAUUUACUCUGUUUGGAAUGUCAGGGGCCUGAAUGACCCUGGAAAAGUUGCCUCUGUAAGAAGGCUGCUUCACUCUCAUUCAGUUGAUAUUGUUGGAUUGCUUGAAACAAAAAUUAAGUUGAAAAAUGUUCUCACUUAUCAAAAGAAGUUUGGCUCUUCUUGGCUUUGGUUGUGUAAUUAUGAACAUUCUCCCAAAGGGAGGAUUUGGCUUGGUUGGAAUGUGGAUAGAGUAACUGUUAAUGUCUUGAAGAUUCAUGAACAGCUUUCUUUGUGGGAGGGGCUCAGAAGCAUCUCUAUCCAGCAUUCUUCAUGGCUUUGUGUUGGUGACUAUAACUUUGUUCUUCAUGCUUCUGAUAGGCUUCAUGGUGCUGAUGUUACUGAUUAUGAGACUAGAGACUUUCAACAUUUGGUUGAUGAUUUGGACCUCACUGAGCUCAAAAGCAGAGGGUCCUUCUACUCUUGGUCUAAUAAGGCUCAUACUGGCCCUAGAACGCUCUCUAGACUUGAUAGAGCCUUUGGUAGACCUUUCCUGUUUCUAAACUAUAAUGCUGAUCACCCUGAUUUUCUUGAUACUGUCUCGCAAGCUUGGGGCUCUGGUAGUUCUGUUUGGCAGAUUCUCAAUUCUGUGAAGUCUAGUAUCAAAUCUCUUACUAGCAAGCAGUUUGGUAACAUUGAGGAAAAGAUUGACCAGGCUAAUGAUGAGCUUUCUAGAAUUCAAACCUUAAUGGCUCAGAACCCUGAUGAUUUGGAUUUAUAUGCUAAAGAAUCUGAUGCUAUUACGGUGUUGCUUAAGGAUCCAGAUGCUAUCUCUCAUGAAAUUAUCUCUUUCUAUAAGUCUCUUUUAAGGACUCAAGCUCCUUGGCUCCCUGCUGUUGACCUUGUUACUAUGCGGAGGGGUAAGCAGCUUAGCUCUGUUGCUCAGAGCUACCUCAUUAGGCCUAUUUCUCAUGCUGAAAUUGAUGUUGGCCUUAAGGGAAUUGAUAACACUAGAGCACCUGGUAUUGAUGGCUUUAACUCCUUUUUCUUUAAGAGAGUUUGGCAUAUUGUGAAAAAUGAUAUUUAUGCAAGUGUUAUUGAUUUCUUAAAUAAUGGGAUUUUGCCUAGGCUUGCUGCUGUCAUUGGUGAGGUGAUUGAUGAUGCUCAGGCUGGGUUCAUUCAUGGCAAGCACAUUGGUGACAAUAUUCUUCUUGCAACUGAAUUGAUCAAAGGCUAUGAUCACAAAUUUAUCUCUCCCAGGUGUAUGGUUAAGGUGGAUUUGAAGAAAGCCUAUGAUUCGGUUGAGUGGGGUUUCUUGAUCACUGUCAUGCAAGAGCUUGGUUUCCCUCAGAGAUUUGUUGAUUGGAUCAAGAAUUGUCUUACUUCUGUCUCUUACUCUAUUCUUAUUAAUGGUUUUCCUGCCCCCCCCCCCCCUUUGAAGCUAAGACAGGGUUAA